AUGGCACCCAAGGCUACGACAGGACCUUAUAUCCCCCGGCCACUGCCUCAAAAGCCGGUACAGGGUGCGGCCAGACCGGCGCGCCCGACGGGGCCGGUUGAUAUUCGGAAGACGAAGGAGUAUAAGUCUGCUGCGCGGAAAUGGACGGGUGCGAUGGUGGGCAUUCCGUUUGUGAUUAUCACUUCUUGGAUCUUGUACGAGCGAAUCUACGGAAAUAAGAGCGUGAAGAAGCUGCCGGCGCCAAAGCAGCAGCCCCCUUCCUCGUCUUAG